AUGGCGACGUCUAAUUUAUUAUUAUUGUGUAAUUCCUUUAACAAAUUGAGUGUGAGCAAUGUAGUAAAGAGGUGCUGUCACUAUCGGCCGCCAAGAUAUCGACCACCUUACUGGUUCAUGCCCAAAGAAAGAGUUGUAAGUGAAGAUAUGUUAACUCAAGAGAACCGAGAUUUUCUUGCAGAAGUAAAACAGGAUAAACAUAAUUUCCAACAUUCAUUAGAAUCACCAUUGACAAAUGUAGACACGCCCCAGACUACAGAAUGGACACAAAGUACCAGAAGAGUAGGAGUUAUAGCCCGAAAAAUUGGAAAUUAUCCACUAUGGACAAAGGAUGGAAAAAAAUUUCAAACAACUUUACUGCAGGUAUCAGACAAUCACGUCAUAAAAUAUAUACCACCAGAUGAGUUCAACCCAAUGAAGUCAAAGAAAAUGAAAAAGGAACCAUGGAAAGAAAAGAGAACUUUAGGUUGCUUGCUGGUAGGUGCUGAAUCAAUAGACCCUAGUACAGUGACCAAAGAUUAUUGUGGCAUGUUUACGAAGGUUGGGAUGUUACCAAAGAGACACCUCUGUAGAUUCAUGGUGUCACCUAAUGCACAGUUGCCAACUGGAACUCCAUUGUAUGCUACUCAUUUCAGAGUAGGUGAUUGUGUUGAUAUUCGCGCAAAAACAAUUGAUCGAGGAUUUCAAGGUGUUAUGAAGAGAUGGGGUUUCAAAGGAAUGCCUGCAUCACAUGGUGUGACAAAAACGCAUAGGAGACCUGGAAACAUUGGGGGUGGGGGUGAAAAAGCAAGAGUUUGGCCGGGCACUAAAAUGCCUGGUCACAUGGGAAAUAGUUGGAGAAUUAUCAGAGGAGUAAAAAUACUGCGGAUUAAUCCAGAACAUAAUGUGUUGUGGAUGUUAGGUGUUGCCAUUCCUGGAGAAACAGGUGCAAUGUGCUACUUAUAUGAUACUGUCUUGCCUCUUAAAAAGCUCAAGACUCCACCACCAUUCCCAACCCAGCUAAACUCUCUUGAAAUUCCUCAGGAGUAUUAUGAUGAUUGUAUUCAUCAGUUUGAACAGCCUACAAUAACAUUUGAAGAAUCAUAA